AUGGUUUUUAGGGGGAAACGGAGGAGGGAUCAGUCAAGUCGUCGCCAACAGAUUAAUCGUUUCAAAUACGAGGGCUUUUUUUUGCAUGCGUUUGAAACAAUCCUCUUGGUCUCUCGCAUGCAAUAAUAUAGCCAAAAACUUUUGAAGUAUCGAUAACUGAUCGAGAAAACCUCUAAAGAAAACAUUUCGCAUUACUUUUUGUUUUAUUUUAUACAGCCGCUCCUUCCCAAAUCUUGCCUGGAUUACUUACAACGAGGGUUGACUCAGAAUGGCUUCUAUGUCCUCGUUGAUGACCAAAGCCAUCCAUACAUGACUUAUUGUGAUCUGUCAUCCGAGCUGGGCUCCGCAUGGACCUUAGUAAUGUCUUGGCAGACUGCGAAAUUCCGGGAUUUGCUUAAUUUCAGAACCAAAGUGUUCGCCGAAGAUGCUCCAAUCAACGCAGGCAGUCCAAACUGGUUUGUUUACCGUGAGACACUUGCAAGAAUGAAAUCCAUCCGUAGUCAGUCCACACACUGGCGAGCAACGUGCGAUAUCAACAGUAGAGAAGUGAUCGAUUACGAAGAUUACCUUCGGGGAAGGUUCGUAGACUUGGAUAUCUUUGAAUGGCAAGGUGGGCAAACUUGCUUUCCCAUCGACUAUGUGAACAUUCGCGGAAAAGCCGCGGGCACUGGCACCACUAUGGCAUUCUGGCAAAGUCCUGGUUCGUAUAUCCUCCACACAGACAGCCAAAAUACCACAUGUGAAUUUUUUUAUAAAGCGGAUCCACUUGUGGACUUUUUUGGUUACUACGGAGACGGAAUAAGCAGUGAAUUCCGCUGCAGCGCAACGCCUGAUGCCACAACUCAGUGGUGGUUUGGUGGUUAUCUCUCAAAAGAGCGAUUUUUUCAAAACAAUUCUCAACCGGUGGGCGCAUAA